GCUGCGUUAUUCAUGAGCCGUCGAACCCAGCCAGGCGCCCCAUCGCCAUACCAGAGCCGUAGAAUACGGCUUACGUCCAUCCCCCAAACCUGCCGCGGACUCGGCGACCGACCUCAGAGCACCAUCUCUCCCCCCACCGCCCCCGGAGGCAGUGGACGGGGUUGCAGACAGGCCGUAGAAGGAUAUGCAGGCGAACAAAGCUAAGGCUGAGGCACUGGGACGGAAAGCAAAGCUUGCCAACUCGUACCAGGAACUGCUGGACGAAUUUUCGAACAAGGACCUGAAGCAUGUUGGCAACUACACCCUGGGGAGGUUGAUAGGAAAGGGCUCCUUCGGGAAGGUUUAUCUUGCGAACCACAAGCUCACAAAUGGCUCCAAGGUCGUUCUGAAGUCCGCUAACAAGGAUGAUUCGAACCUCGCUCGCGAGAUUCAUCACCAUCGCCAAUUUGUCCACCCUCAUAUUGCGCGUCUAUACGAAAUCAUAGUGACCGAGUCCCUAGUAUGGCUUGUCUUGGAAUAUUGCCCAGGUGAUGAGCUCUAUAACUAUCUCCUUAGACAUGGCCCACUGGCAACCGAGAAGGUUCAAAAGAUAUUCACACAACUCGUUGGAGCUGUGUCGUACGUACACCAGCAGUCAUGCGUCCACCGCGAUCUCAAACUCGAAAAUAUCUUGCUCGAUAAACACGAGAAUGUCAAGCUGGUGGAUUUCGGAUUUACGCGAGAAUAUGAAGGGAAGUCGAACUAUUUGCAGACGUUCUGCGGGACAAUAUGUUACUCGGCGCCCGAGAUGCUGAAGGGGGAGAAGUACGCCGGUGAAAAGGUAGAUGUGUGGAGCUUGGGUGUAAUUCUUUAUGCCCUGCUGUGUGGCGAGCUACCCUUCGACGACGACGACGACAAUAUUACGAGGUCCAAAAUCCUGACGGAGGAGCCGAAGUAUCCGGAACAUCUCCCGCCUGACGCCGUUGCACUGAUAAAGGCGCUCCUCUCCAAACGACCGUUACUCAGGCCUAGCCUCCCCGAGAUUCUUUCUCACGCCUUCCUCUCAGAGCACGCCCCUCAGCAACACGCGAUAUUGAAGCUGCGUCAACCCCCCCCAUUCAGUACCCACUUGGAGAAGGAUUGCCUGCAGCGAAUGCGCAGCGCUGGAGUAGACAUCGAUGCCGUUAUUGAAAGUGUCCUUGCGCAGCGAUGCGAUGUGCUAGCCGGCUGGUGGACCUUGCUGUUGGAAAAGGAGGAGAGGAAGGCUCGCCGGAGGGAGAGAAGGAGGAAAGACAGAGAAGCCGAGAAUCGAAAUUCCCGCCGUUUCUCAGCGGCGUCUAGCAAGUUGGAGCGCAUGGCGCCCAUUCUCGACGAGGACGCCAGCGGUUCCGGUUUCUCAGGGGAACCAUCCCUACCUAGGACGAGAGGGCGUGCGGAGAGGAGAAGCACACAUUAUAGCGACUUCCAGAUUCCAGAAUUGCCCAACCUACCGGAAUCGUUGAUCAAGGACCACCUUAGCCCCGAUACGAACACCCCGCCGCCUCCUGUCGAUAAAGACUCCGUACGGUCAGUCAGUACAACUCGACAACAACGGCCAAUACCCCCACCAAAGGAGGGUAUUCUUCGAAGCGCGAGGUCUAGAGGCUCGACUCUUCAUCUUGUAACAACCUCCGACGCACUGGCAAGCGGUGGGGGGCAGGAGCUACGUCCUCCCCAGAAAGUUCGCAAGAAGCCAUCCCAGGCGAUCGUUGCCACAUGGAAGAACUGGACUCACUGGAUUGUCGAGAGCACGAGACGACACAGACCCAACAAGCGAGGCAGCAUGUCCACCCCGAAUUUGGCUAGUAGGGACGGUCAAUCCGGCGGGAAAAAUUCGAAGGAUGUUAGUCCCCGGCCUCACACUAGUAAAUACCCAGCCUCCACACAUGGUGGUGUCGUACCGAGCGGCGGGAACUCUCCCAGCUUACCCAACGGAAUCCCUCCAGGUGUCGGGGCAGGAGGCGGGGGUAACCAAGCCAAGAAACCUACGCCAGCUCCGCUCUCGACCUCUUACCACGCAGGGCCGCACCGUGUGUCAUCCUCUACUUCGUCAUACAAGCGCCAAUCUCUGUCGCCGGUUCCGCUAACGCCGCGGUCUACGAUGCGCCGUUCCUCGAUCGGCCUGAAGGGCCGUAAAUCGACCUCUUCAUCGCUUUCCUCCAUCCGUACAAUGCCACGCCAUCAUCAUUCGCACUCGAAGGCGAGCUCGACCAGCUCUACCGGGUCGGUGUCUACAACAAAGACGCCUGGACGCUCUCCGCAUCAUUCGGUGAAAGUUUUACCAGCCACACCAACCAGCACGUCGUUUCCCUCUAACAUACGUCUUGUUCGUGGACCGGCAAUCGCUCUCAGUUUCAACGAAGGCAUGCCCCAACCUAAGUCCUCCGCCAAUCCUCCUGGGUCUCCCAACCCAUUUACGUCUAACAGUCCUUCGGUCCUGUUCGCUAAGCGCAAGCGUAAUCUCUUCAAAGGUCCGAUGCUGUCCUUUGGUACCCCGGCAGCCCGGAGUGGUACGAGCUCGGCCGGCCACAGCCGCAGCGCGAGCGCCAGCGGAUUAGGGCGAAGGAGCGGCGAGAUCACGAUUCAAGAGGAGGACGAGGAAGCGGAAGCAGCUGCUUGCGAGGUGGACGCCGACGAUGAUGUCGAAGAAGUGGAGCAAUUCAGCCCCAUCAUGCAAAUUCCUGGCGAGAAGGUCGAAGAAAUCUACGAGGUUGACGAAGAGCAUCGCCACGUCGCAGCAGGCGUCGGUGCUAGUGGUUAAACCGGUGCCUUUAGGAAUCGAGAUGGAGUAAGACUUAUACCCAGGUAUCUACCGCAAUGGAAUUGUGUGAAAGGCAGUACGGCUUGUCGUAUCAACAAGCUUAUCCAGGUGCGUUGUGUUGUGUGUAUAUAUAUCUAUAUAUAUCUCUAUAAAUGUCUAUCCAAUCAGGUUGGUUUCUUUAUUCGCGGGCAAUGAACUGGGCGGUAUAAGGCGCAAGGGCGGUCGUGGACAGGCAGUCUUGUAUGAACGGUAUUUUAGAUACAUUGUACGGUAGCGACAGGACGUAAAUUAAAUACUGAUAGCCGUUUUGGGCGGUAGGGGG